UCAAAUCAUCGCAAACGGUGUCAGUGUUUGCGACCCAACCGUCCCAACAGUCAGUGGCUCUUCAGUCGCCUUACAGUGGGAACCAAAUGCGGAAUCCAUCCCGACUUCAAUGAACUGAUCCAUUGCUGCGAUCGAGUGCUCGACGAACUCGAAGGCGAUUCCGUCAAAAGGCGGUACUUCUAUAUCACACUCUUGAGGGAUCCCAUCACGAGAUUCAUCUCAGAGUACAACCACUUCCGAACCCAAGAGCUUAACGGGAAGGCGUCUCGUCAUUGGUGUGGCGGUCAGGAAGUGAUGCAAAUGCCUGACUGCGAGUUCGGCGCCGAUGUGUCGAUCGAUGAGUUCAUGGAUUGCCACCAAAACUUAGCCAUCAAUAGACAGACGCGAAUGUUGUCUGAUUUGGCACUCGUUGGCUGUUAUAACUCGUCGUAUAUGUCAUCAGAGGAACGGCAUGUCGUGAUGUUGAGGAGCGCUCAAAACAAUUUGCAUAAAAUGGCUUUCUUUGGACUCAACGAAUUCCCCCGAAUAUCACAACAUCUCUUCGAAGAGACCUUUGAUCUCGUCUUU